ACCAUUUAGAAUUUCGUCUACAAUCAAUUGCAUAUCUUCUUGGCAAAAAUGGGAUCUGGGCUCAAGGGCACGGCCAUCCUGUCAGUGACCUCAGGGCGGAUCUUCUGCAGCAUGGGAAGGAAGAAGGCAGAAUCAUGAAGGAAGUUGCUGGUCACAAGGAGGUGGAGAUGGGAAGGUCCUCCUCCAUUCUGUCCUCCACAUGAGAAAAUUCAGGGGUUGUGUGCCCCUUUUUACCCCGAAUCUUCCUGUCUCCUGAGCACCCCAGGGUCCCUGCACAGGGCUCCUCUCCUGUCUGAUGGCUCUGCUGGUCUCACUUCCUGGAGGGAAUCAGGCCAUGGCUUGGAUCCUGAUUCUGCUGAUGUCAGCUGCAUGGCUGCAAGCUGGUAACUCAGCAGGAUCCAAGAAUAAAACUACCUUUGGAGUCAACCAACCAACAAACCUCUCCGGUGUCCAGGGAGGCUCCAUCGAGAUCCCCUUCUCCUUCUCCUUCCCCUGGGAGAUGGCACAGAAUCCACAGAUGAGGAUUCUCUGGAAAUGGCAACACCUCCUUGGGGAAUUUAUCUACAACUCCUCCUCAGGUUACACACAUGAGCAUUUCAAGAACCGGCUCUUCCUGAACUGGACACAGCCUCAGACAACCGGAGUCCUCAGAAUCCUGGACUUGAAGGAGAAGGACCAGACAAAGUACUUUUGCCAAGUUCAACUGAACACAACAGAAGGAAUGAAGGGUUUGCAGUCAAUUGAAGGGACCCAGCUGACCAUCACCCAUGCAGAACUUCAGAUGGUCCCCAAGGUCACACCCACACUAGAAAAGGGCUCUGCCACUGAGUUACACCUCACUUCCACUUUCCCUGGAGUCCAUUGCUUCAGUAGUCUGAGGGGCAAGGAGUGCAGCAGAGGCAUCCUCAGAGCAUCAUUCCUGUCAGGGAAGUUCCAUGCUGACCUCCUUUGUCUCCUCCCAGCCCCCAGGACCACAUCUCCAAGCCUCACCACAGGAACUUCUGAAGGCAAGAUGAACAGAAAUAAUCAGACCCUGGGUCUGGGAACCAGAGUUGGGUUGGCAGUGGCUGCUGCUGUACUCCUGGCUGGGGUUGUGGGGUUGACAGUGUUCCUCAGGUGGAGGAGAAGGAAAGGACAGAGGACUAAAGCCGAAACCCCAGCCAGGGACCUCAUUGAAAACACUGACAAUGUUGAACCUGAAGGAAAAUAUAUGGACCCCAAAGAGAACCCCAAGGAUAACAACAUCGUGUACGCCUCCAUUGCCCGCUCAAGCCCAGCCUCCCCAGGAACACCACCCUGCCAGCCCGUCCAUGGGAACCCCCAGGAAGAGACUGUGUACUCCAUCGUAAAGGCCAAAUGAAUGGGUCUGGGUGACGAUCUCAGAGUCACCUGUGUUUCUAGUGGGGAAGACUCCCAGCUUCCA